CACAGCGAGCGAGCACACGCACCAAGAACGUGUGCCGCGGCGAAGGACCAAACUUGAAUAUCCACAGCGCGCAGACGACGAAUGACGUAGGCCUAUUUGGCGUAGGCCUCCUAGCCGCAGAGCUUAAUGGGUGGAGCGGCGGAGCGCAACAUGGCGCGCGCCGCUUGAAUACGAAGGGAACUCUGAGGAAGACCGGAGAGGCGCGACCGGUACCCACGGUAACUUGGGUUACCGACCUUUUGUGGAAACUGUAUUGCCAACGGAGCGCAGGGGCCGCCCCCAGUUUUCGUGAGUCCGCUCGAGACGCACAGUGACGCAAUUCCAGAGCGCGCCGGUGCCGGGUUGGCUGGCGGGCGGGCUCUUCAAAUUUGAAUCUUACAUAGUUGUGGGUGUUAAAGAGCUCCUGGCUGGCUGCUGGUUGGGGCCGGCGAGGGUCGGAGGCGCCACCCUCAGACGCCUGGGCCCGCAUCCACACUAAGCUGAGUCGCGACUGCUGUCGUCUCUGUCUUCCAGGCCCUUCACUCCAGGUUCUUCUGGGCCCCUGCUGAAGAUCUGUCCUUAAAAUCGUGUCUGAAUAAGUUUUCUAAUAGAGGAAAUCCUGUUUAUCAAGAUGAUUACAACACCUUUGAAACGUCCAGGAAUUCACUUGUCCUCAGAGACAUCUUCUCAAAGGAGAAAUAUGCCCAUUCAUGCAGUCUUUUUUGAUAGCAUUCCUUCAGGCACACUUACUCCUGUAAAAGAUUUGGUGAAAUAUCAGAACUCCUUUUUAAAAUUGAAUGACCAUAAGGAGAACCAAUUCUUAGAAAUGCCAAUUUCUAAAGAUAAAAUUGUAUUUCAAUCUACCAUGCUAGCAGAGCCUUGCACCUCUAAUAGUUUUCUUAACAUCAGUGCUAUAAAGCCCAACAAGGAUGUAUUGAAAAAUAAAGCAAACUAUGAAUCGCCAGUAAAAGUAUUUCAAAGAAUGAAAGAAAAAGUACUGCGGAACAAGCAACAGCAAGCAUCAAGAAACAGUAAUGUGUUGGAACCACCGAAAAGUGAAAGUAACAAAAUUUUCACACGUAAUGGAGCUGAGAAAAGAGUGUUACAGCAUACCUACCUCUGUGAACAAAAAGAAAACAACAAAUCACUUCAUUCAGAGGACAGCUCAUUAAAAGUGACUAAUAUCAAUACAACUCAACUUCUUUCUUCAAAAAAAAUCUCAGACUCAGCCCAAAAAGUUCCUCUAGAACCAUCAAGUAAUAUUUUACUCCCAGUAAAGCCGAUGAUUCAAUGUCAACAGGCAAAGAAAACACCUCUGCACAACUUAACUUACGAGCUUCCAAUUCUGAACCAAGAAUGUGAAAAUAUUUCAGCUGCGGAAGUCUCAAAUAGAGUGUUGACUCGAUCUCAGCUGGGGAAACAAAUUCUUCUUUCAAAGGAGAAUACAGUUGCAACCACCAAGUUCAAAAAGAACAUGUUUGUUUUAGAAGGCAUUGAUUCUGCCUAUGAAAAAUCCCAAAAUACUACUGUUGAGACUCUCAAUACUAACUGUGAUUCUAUCAAAAAUGGCUGUCAAUUAAUGGUUUCUGAUAGUAAAGUAACAACAAAAGGAACUUCACGACCAGAAAUUAAGGAAGGAAAUGAGAAGACAGUGCCCGGUGAAAGUGCUCUUCCAGGUUCUGUAAAUGACACAUGUAAAAUUGUGCUUGCAACUCCAAGAGUCGAUGUAACAAUACUUCGGAGAUCAAAAAGAUAUGCUUCAAGGCUUCCUCUGCCAAGUAUAUGUCAAACUAUCACAGAUGGAGUUAAAAAUAAUAAGGUAGUCCAACUACAGGAAUGGAUGAUUAAAAUCAUCAACAAUAACACUGCUAUAUGUGUAGAAGGAAAACUGAUAGACAUCACCAACAUAUAUUGGCACAGUAAUGCAAUCAUAGAACGAAUUGAACAAAACAAACUUAGGACAUUAUCAGGCAACAUUUAUAUAUUAAAAGGAAUGAUAGAUCGGAUUUCCAUGAAAGAAGCAGGAUAUCCAAAUUAUCUCAUAAGGAAGUUUAUGUUUGGCUUUCCAGAAAAUUGGAAAGAGCACAUUGAUAAUUUUCUAGAACAAUUAAGGGCCUAUGAAAAGAAAAGGAGAGAGGCCACACAAAAACAGAAAAAUGGAAGAAUUGUCCCUGACAUAGGAAAAUCAAUGAAAAAUGAUGCAGGAGAAAACCGAACAUAUGUCCUCCAAAGAACCAGCAGAAUUUAUGACUUUGAUUGUAAACAUUUAGAACUGAAGAAUAAUAAACACAGUAAGUCACCAGUAACUACAGAAUUAAACAUUUGCCAGAGUUAUCACCAAAAUAAGCCACCACCCAUGUUCCCCAGUGACCAGAUAGAUAAUACUGUUCAAAGUGGAGGAGAAUAUAACUUAUCUAAUCAGGAAUUGAUUGGAAAAAGAGAAUGUAAAAAGUUGUCUUCAGAGAAACUCAAAAAUUGUAAAAGAAGAACAGAUGAAAAGAUAAUUAAGAGUCAGAAGCAAGAACAAACUGAAGAAUCGAAUGUAUCCCUUGAUAUUAUCAUCUCGAGAGAAUCACCUUUCUCAGACAAAGAAAGAAAAUAUAUGACUGCUAACCAGAAGAAAGCUUAUGUUGUAGUAACACCUCUGAAAUCUAAAAAUGUGAUAGAGCAAAAAUGUGUGAAGUAUAAUGUGUCCUCUGCUACCAUUAAAGCAGUAACAGAUUUUAUAGUGCCAAAGCUUCAAAGAGAAAGUGAAUCAGACUUAAAUGAAACUACAUGUCCUAUCAGUAAGCUCAGAAAGACUUCCAAAAAAGCAUUUGAGUGUGGUGCGGGUCAUGAAAGUGGAAACAAUGAAGAUAGCAUUGAACGAGAUAUACUCACUGUCAACCAGAAAAUUAUACCUAGUUCUGAAAAGAAACAAAUGGUCACUUUUGACUUUAAGGAAAAUACAACAUUGUUACCAAAAUUGAAGAAGAUUGAAAAGCAAGUAACUAUGUCAUUCAACAAGCAUCAGUCCUCAGAUUUGUCUGGUGACAAGAGUGAAACAGAAAAGAAAAUUAGAACAAAAGCUGGAGGUGUUAAGGAAAUCAAAGCAAGAAAUACCAGAGAAACAGUAGUUCACCAGAGGAAAAGCAGAAGGGAUACCACAGGGAAAAUCCCAGUGAUUUCUGAAACUGAAGGAAGUGAAAAUGAAUUUCAUAUCAAAAAAAAGAAAGCUAGAUGUUCUAAAAAAAAUGUUCAGAAAUCCGGUAUUAGGAGUGAGUUGCCAAUUUCUGACACAAUGAGAUCUGAGAUGAAGAGUUAUUCCUUAGAAUGCUUACCUGGUUUAAUUCAGAAUGAGGAAUGGAAUGAAAAAGAAAUACAGAAGCUUCAAUGUGCUUAUGAAUCUCUUCCUAAGCAAAAACCUGGUUUCUGGUCAGAUGUAGCUAUGGCUGUAGGUUCUUGGUCUGCUGAAGAAUGCCAGAGGAAAUACAUGGAAGAUUCCCAAGGAAAUGGAUCCCAGACACAUGUGACUAAGAAAAAGCCAGUCAAUCCCAAAAGCAAAAAAAAUGGCAAGAGAAAGAGAGAUGAUACGGAUCAGGAGCAAACUAUUAAGAUAACAGCCAAAGUGGGAACUCUUAAAAGGAAGCAGCAGAUGAGGGAUUUUCUGGAACAGUUGCCAAAAGAUGACCAUGAUGAUUUUUUCAGUACAACACCUUUGAAGAAUCAAAGAGUACUGCUGCCAAAUUUCCAGUACAGUCAAGAAGAGGAGGAUAUUCUGCCAAAUAUGGACAGAAAUCCAACAACUCCAUCAUCAGUUAUCUUUCCAUUGGCAAAAACUCCUCAGUGUCAGCAUGUCAGUCCUGGAAUGCUAGCCCCUAUAAACAGGAAUGAUUGUGAUAAAUAUGUUUUUCAUAUGCAAAAAAAACAUAAAAGUAAAGGUGGCAUUGUCUGGGGCAAUCUCAAGAAAAAAACAGUUGAAAGUGACUUUUCAACUCCAACAUCAAGAAGAAAAACCCCAUUUAACAAAGGAGAAAACUCUAAUAUUGGAAAACUUUUCACUAAUGCUAUGGAGUCUUUGGAUGAAGAAGAGCAAGAUUAUUAUUUUUCAAACUCUGAUUCUGCAUAGUAAAAAUGAGAAAACAUUUCCAGUAUUUUUAUCAAGAAGCAGACAGCUCUUUGUACCUUCACUUGGAGUACAUAUAUUUUCUAUAACUUGUUUUGAAAUUGUGGGCUCCUUUUCAAAGAUUGUACAUGUUUGUAUUCAAAACUAAAGAUCCUUCUAUAGAAUAUUUGUUGUUGUUGCAGCUUACUAAAAUUAUAAGGAAAAUUGAUUGCUUAUAGAUAUUUCUAAAUUUCUGUUUUUGCUAUGUUAAAAUAUAUGUAUAUGUAAAUGGUCUCUCAUAAGCAUCUAAGUUUAAGAAAAUCAUGUUCCAAACUGAAUUGUUUAAAAGUUUUCAAGAAAAUGUUGCUAUCUUUAAGGGAGGAGGUGGGGAAGAAUAAAAGAUAGAUUGUACUGGUAGCUACUGAAUAAAACUAACAUUUUCUAGUACUGCAUAUAUAGGCCAGAGUUGGUAUGAUGUUUACAUGUUGUUGAAACUAUUUGAUAUGCUUUCUUUUCUCCAGAUUGUUUUUCUUAAAACUUGCAAUUGGUAUAUCUGUUGAACCUAUGUAAAUUUUAAUUUAUUGCUUUCUCAUUAUUGUAUUAGAUAGGAUCAGAGAACAGAUUUUGUUGCAUUCUGAAGCCUUAUUUACAUAUGCAAACAGCUUAAAUUUGGUCUCAGUAUUAAAAAGACUAGAUGAGACAGAUGUUCAAGUAGUAGGUCUGCUAUUGUAAGGAGUCAAGUUAACAUGUCACAGUAAACAUUGUUUUCCUUUCAGAUAGCUCUUUUAGGGGAGAAAAAAACUUAUUUUAGCUUAUUCUGCCAUUAUGUUUUAAAAUUUGACACAGAAUGUUCCUCUGUGGUUACAGUACACGUUCACCUACCCUUCUCUCCAGUUAGGUUGUUCAAAUAAAAUUAGUUUGCUUUUAUAAUA